AGGUAAAUUGCCUUUGCGUGAACGCUGUGACGUAAUAUUUUUUACCGUAAAGUAACAGUGACUGUCGCAACCUUUAGUCCCACAGCAGAGGUCACAACAAUCUAUCCAGUAUGGGAGGUGACCACGGCCACAGCAAGCUGUCCAUGCCAGACUGGCAGCAGUGGAAAACACAGGGGACACCGCUGGAGUUUACACAGCAGAGGUUGGCAGCCAGGGGCCUCAAGGACCCAUGGGCACGUAACGAGGCAUGGAGAUACUCAGGUGGCUUUGCUCGUGCUGUGACUCUGUCAGAUGUGCUGCUGAGAGGAUUCAAGUGGGGCUUUGCUGCCUUUACUGUUGCUCUGGCUGUAGAGUACGCCCUGUUCCCACCAAAGAAGGGUGGCCAUUAAAGCUCAUAUUGCCCCUAAUACCCAGACCAUGCCCUAAUGGAUUCUAAUGAUAUUCUGUAUUUUCUGUUUAUUAAAUGUCUUUUUGAUCACCA